AUGUCUAAUUACAUCCCCAAGGAAAAUAUUAGCAUUGAUGAGUCCCUACUUCUCUGGAAAGGAAAAUGGAAAAGGUAUAUUCCAAUAAAGAGAGCAAGGUUUGGCAUAGAGACUUCCAUGUUAGCAGAAGCUGAGACAGGGUAUGAAUGGGACCUUUUAUUAUAUACAGGAAAAGGCACUGAAUAUGCUUGCGAAAUACCAGGGUUGUCAGAUCAAGCCAUAGCCAAGCUUUCCAAACCAAGUAAGAUUGUUCUUGCACCAGUAAAGCCUCUACUGAAUAUGGGUUAUGUGCUUGGAAUGGAUAACUUCUAUGUUUCACCGGAGCUGUAUGACAUCCUCUUAGCUCAUGGAACUGAUGCCGUAGGCACAGUAAGAUUUAACAGGAAGGGGCUUUCUGAUGAUGUAAAAGAAAAGAAACUCAACAAAGGAGAGACAAUCACCAGGUUCAAUAAUAAGGUGAUGCAUAUGAAAUGGAGAGACAAGGAAUAUGUAAACAUGCUCAGCACAGUCUAUGAGGACUCCAUGGAAAUGGUACAAUCUGGUGGGAAAGAGGUAAGCAAGCCAACUGUGUGCAUCAAGUACAAAAGAAUGCACAUGGAAGGAGUAGACCUAAUGGAUCAGGUAACAUCUGCUUCAAGUGUCACACGCAAGGGUGUUACAAAGUACUACAAGAAGCUAUUUUUCAGGCUGAUAGAAAUGAGUUUGCAUAACUGCCAUGUAAUCUACAAGAGAAAUGGAGGCCAGGAAAACCUCCUUGGCUUCAAGUUGCUCUUUAUUGAACAGACUGUGUCUGCAUAUAGCAAAGAUGUUUAUUAG